GGUAAGAUCGCGCAGGCGUUUUCGAUCUCAUUGUGCUACAACUUUGCAAUAGUGUUUCUUGCAACAUUUAUAUCUUAAUGACUUGGAUAUCACUACAUAAACAAUGAUACGCAUUAUGCAGAUGCUUAUAUUCUGUAGAAUUAUAUGCUUAAUAUGUAUCACCGGAAUUGCUUCUACUUCGGAUGAAAGUUUGUCUCAGACAUCACAAUGUAUACAUCCGAUAAACUAUAAUAUUUCUUUAGAAACACAAAACACUUCUCUUAUUGUCUAUUCUAAUGUUUUUUUAAACGUGACAUGUAAAAAGAACUCUAUAAGACUGCAAAUUGGUCGGUAUUGUAAUAUACAGGAAAUAAAUGUCCAACAAGCAUUUCCUUAUACAAGCAUGCCUAAAUUUACACGUUUUGAAAUCACUACGUUACAGUCAAGUAGUACCAAAAGUCGAUUCAAAAAUGUGUCUAUUACUUUCAUCAAAGAAUCUUGCAGAGGCCAUGCCUGCACUUUUGUAAUAAAGGACAAACUACCUAUACAAUCUGGAAUAUACGCGAUAAAUUUAAUACAUAAGUGUAAGCUAGAAAAAGUUGCGACAGUUUUUACACACGAGACCCAAAAAAAAGUAAAAGUAUUUCUGAUUUUACCGCGUAUUCCCAAUGAAUGGAUAUUUCCAUAUUGGCAAAGAACAACUACCAAGGCUAGAUUUACCAUUCAAAUUAAACAUAAAAACAACGAAACAGCUCUAUCAAAUAUGCCUGUUACGGAACAAAAAAAUUACGGAACAAACAUGCUGAAUACAUUAUUUGACACCACACCUUUAAUAUCUACGCAUUUGAUAGCAGUAGGUGUCAUACCAAAUGAUGUCGGUUUUAUAUUAUCGGGCGACGUUAUUAUUACAAAUAAAAGUCGAGAGAUAAAUGGCACGUUAUAUGCACAAUCUCUUAUUAAAAAUAUUAGCAAACUUAUGCGGCUGCAUAUCUUACCAAGGCAACAUCAUACUAUGUACUUCAUACUUCCAGUAAACUUUAGUUACUACGAAAGUAUUGUAACUACUGGACUUGUUUUGUUAAGUGAAGGUAACAGUAUAUACAACAAACAAGUAGAUUCUAUUAUAAGAGAAAGAGAAGUAACAUGUAUGAUAGCACGUACUGUGAUACAAGAAAUGUUUAGUGAUUGGUUACUUACGUUUGGACAGUUUGAUUCUUGGUUUAUUGAAGGAUUUUCAACAGUAUACGGAGUUUAUCUUCGCGAUCAGUAUUACAUUACAUCUUUACUAAAUUCAAUUGUGGUUCAAACACGACGGACAGUUUUUGAUUAUAUGGAAGUAGUUAAAUACGAUCCUCACUUUCAAGAAAAUUCACUCAUAUUACAGAAUUCAACUCUUACUAAACUGUGGCGAGAAAAAGCAUUCAGUAUCUUCUAUAUGCUCAAUACCGUGUUUAAAGAAGAUUUUCUAUAUACUUCUAUGUUUAAAGAAGCAGUAAAGAUAUAUUAUACCAUGAAUAAUCCAUCACACAACAUGUACAAAGAAUCGUCAAUCCUUGAUAACUUAUGGAAUAAGGAGUUUGAAACGUAUUUCUUGCGUAACGAAAUUUCAUACAUGAAGUCAGAAAAUAUCACAAGUAUGAUAACUUCAUGGACAGCACAAAGUGGUUAUCCUGUAGUACAAAUAAACCCAUACAAUAAUACGCAUCUGGUGGAAAGAAUUAUAGACUGUAUUGACGUUGAUAACAAAACGCCAUGCACGAAAAAGUGGAGGAUACCUGUAACCAUUAUAAAAAUACUAAACACAAGUGUUUCCAUCUAUCGUCAUGUUCUAAAGCCAGACGAAAAAAGAGUUUUUAUAAAUCUUCGUAAUAAAAGUCAGUUCGUUAUUGUCGUGGAUCAUCCAGGAUAUCGCGUUAAGUAUGACCGUCAAUUAUGGAGACGCAUUGUUCGUUUUCUAAAAAUCGGAGGGUCUAAACUCGCAAAUUUGUCUGACGUCACUUUAGCACAACUACUCGACGAUGCUUUCUAUUUUUUGGUACAAAAUACAGAAUAUAACAAAAAAAUUGUUUUAACAUCUACUGACCUAGACACAUAUCUUGAACUUGCAAGCAGUAUAUUUCAUGUAAACAAUUCCUACACAGCGUGGUAUCCUGUAUUUAAUGCUCUUGAAACUAUAUACAAAAUGUUGCCGUUCCCAGAAAGUGUUCUUUCGAGAAAUAUCAAGAAUAAACUCCAGGAAAUGUUAAAUAAAGUUCUUGCUGGCAUGACGCGUACAUAUUUUCAGAAACAUAAUGACAAUCAUCAAUUGUAUCAUGAAGUUCUAAAGUGGACAUGCAUUUUUGGUAGUUUAAAGUGCAAAGACCAUGUUAAUGCAAUACUAAACUGGCAUGUUAAAUAUCCUGCACAAAACAAACUAUUGCCAAGUUGGCAGAAAUGGAUAUAUUGCCAAGGAGUAAUAUUAGAAACUGUCAACUUUAAUACGUCUGCUUUGUGGCAAACAAUAUUCAACACAUACCAGACCCAACAAAAAAAAGAAGAAUUCUUUAAAUUUUUACCAUGCUCUAGACAAUACGAGGAUCUGUAUAACUUUUUAUUGUUACUUAAUGGUACCGCUUUACCAAGAUUUGGAGAUAGUUUCAAUGCAAGUAAAAGUGUUACUGUUCCUGUGCUUUUCAAUAUUUUUUCUAUUCACUCAAAAAAUGAGUUAGCGCUGGAUAUUAUAUUAGUAGGACUAAAAAAUGGAAUAGGAAGAAACGUGAACAUACUAGCAAUAAUGAAUUGUAUUAUUAAUAACAUAUAUUCAGACGACGGUUUGUCGAUGAUUACUAACGAAAUGUUCUUGAAUACACUGGUGCAUAGACGUCACAUGUUAAAUGAACCAUUUAUUCUCGACGCUAUUAAAAAAAAAGUUGAAAAGCGUCGUGUUUUCUUAUUUUUCGCAAAAGAUAAAAUUCAGUGUAUACCCUACUAUGUUUUUAAUUACAAAUACACCUCAUCAAUUCUAUACGCUGGCUGCACUUAAGUUCUCUGUUUAUGAUAAUGACCUUUUUGUAAUGAAACAAAAAAUUUCGCUAAAACAUUAUUAAGUCGUUGUGAUCAAAUUUGCGUUUCUUUUGUUGAAAUAUGUUUUAGUUUAUGAUAUCACAAUUAUUUUCUGUUUAUGAUUAACUUCCAAAAACCAUUUUUUGGAAAUUGACAUUGACUAAUUUGCAAGUUGUGGAUCAUAAAAUAAAUUCGUUUCUUCAGUAAAAUGUAAUAUUUUUAUGACGAGCUAGUGCGUAUAUGUAUAUUUAUGUAUGGCACACAAAUAUACACAUAUACAUAUAUGUCCCUAUACAAGUCACACGUUUAAGAAACCCAUAAUAUUUAUGUAUAUGUCUCUGAAAUGUAAGAACAAAAUUUAUGUAAUGCUAUACAUUCAAUGU